AUGCCUUCAGUUGCCAGUAAGCGGCCUAUAGUUAAUCUGGAUGGCUUCGCUUCGCGAUCUGUGCAAGAUCUGGUGGAAAUAUUUAACCAGAUAACUGCAUCUGCAUCCUCUCCUAGAUCGAGUGGCCAUCUCCUCGUGUUACAGAAGUCGCUUUCGCCAGUGAUAAACUUUCUAUCGCCUUUCAGCAAAUUGAAAGACCUCACAGAUAUAAGAAGGGUUGUGUGGCUAGAUGAGGAUAUUUUGAAGAGUAAUAGGGAACCCCGUGAUGUAAUUGACUACGAGACAUUGUUGAAGGAGUUCAAAAGUGUGGUGUUCUUGAUAGAAGGGAGUAUUCUGAGCAUCAAUUGCGUGGCUGAGAUUUUGAAGACUCGAAUCUUUCCUUUCACGAAUAGCCUUGACGAUGGAGUAUCCUACUAUGAUCUGUCAGUGUUGGUAACCUCGAAUUCGGUGAAAUCUGCGGAUCUCUCGUUUACAAAUCUGAAUGUGAGAGGCGAUAUCGGUCUGUACAAAUGGUCUUCGUCUACUCCAUUGAUGCUUUCUUCGGACGUACUUUCAUUAGAAAGAGAAUCGGGUGGUCUCAGAGAAUUGUACCAGCUUGGAUCGGUGGGCGUGAUAUCCGAUUUGGCGCAGGCGUUGCUUGAUCUCAUCAGGUUCUCCAAAUACAACAUACGAAUCACCAACGAGUUUGCGAAGGGAAGCUACUCCAAAGAAUUUCUGUCCAUAUUCAAGAAUCUUCGUGAAACUCAUUAUAGCUCUCUCUCGCCUCAGGAGAAGAAAUUAUUGGAUGAUAUAGAUGACGCACUUUUUGUGGAUCAGCAUUCGUUCUUCGACAGGCAGUGCGAUUUGAUUGUUCUGGAACGCGGAUUGGACUUUGUGACACCACUUUUAACCCAGCUCACGUAUACAGGAUUGUGUGAUGAGGUGUUUGGUGUGGCUUUCAAUCAAGUGGAGGUUGAAACGGAAGACGAGGAAACACAGGCUGGAGGCUCUAAUCAACAGGUCUUGCGCACCAAGAAGAGCGUAAAGGUGCAUCUCGAGGAGCCUCACGACGAAUUAUAUCAGAGAAUAAAAGAUCUCAACUUUGCGAUGGCUGCACCUUUGCUGAACUCGUAUGCCAAAGAUUUACAGGAGGAGUUCAACUCCAGGCAUCAGGCCAAGGAUAUUUCACAGAUAAAGAGCUUUGUGUCCAAGCUAGUGGAUUUAACUGCCAAUCAGAACUUUCUCAAGAAUCAUACCUUAUUGGCGGAAUCCUUAAUCAAGACAAUUAAGACUGAUUCUGCCCAGGAUGAAGCUCUAGACGAGCUACAGGGAGACCUACGUGACACCAGCCAAAGCAAUUAUUUCAACGCGUUUCUCGAACUUCAACAGGAUAUUUUGGCAAAUAACUUGGACAACAAAGCCAAUUACAAAGCAAUUACGGAGUUUCUAUACAUGUUCGAGCCUCCUUUUGACGAUGUUAUGAGACUGUUGAUACUUACCAGUAUCGUAAAGCAUGGGAUACGAGAGUCUGAGUACAAAAUGUUUCAAAAAGAACUAGUGGAGACAUAUGGAAUCAAGGUGGGUCCGAUAAUGGGGAGAUUGAAGGAAAUGAAAUUAUUUUGCCCCAGAGAGCACCAGGAUUACACCUUCUUGCCAAGUCUGGAUAUCUCUGCUCCACAAGCUAAUUCUGCUUCCACAAACACCGGAAAACUGGGCUCAGUUCAAUUGAUAAAUGACUUUAAAAAUCUUGAAGCUUACUUGAAGCUAAUGCCGGUGGUGGAGAAUCCUGAUUUGGCUAAUCCAACGGAGCCGGAUUUUGCCUUCCCUGGUUAUGUUCCUGUCUUCACGAGGCUGGUGGAGUCUAUCUAUUCGAGGGAUUUCAUGCAGGAAUCAUCCAAAGCGACAAACAGACCAGGCUGGAAAGGAUUUCAGCGCCUAGGCAACCUUCUUGAUGGUCCUAUGGAAGAAAAUGUUCUGGUCCCAGACUCUAAGAAACAGCUAUUUGGCACUCCUCCUCCACCUUUGAGACAACGGGCCAAAGAUGACACCCUUGAGGAGCUCGUCAUAGUGGUGGCGAUUGGUGGCAUCUCCCACGGAGAACUAUCCACUCUGAGGUUCGUUAUGAGCAAAUUUCCUUCGAAACGGCUACUAGUGCUAACGUCUGGGGUAAUCAGAGCCUCCGAUGUUAUAAGUCAAGCCGCAUCUUAG